AUGAUUUCAAACGAUAAUUUGAAAAGGCUUGCAUCUACCUCUGCAGUGAUGAGCUGUACAUUGGGAAAAGCGACUUGUCUGGGAAUGGAUAAAAUCUGUUCCCCACUAGCGGACAAUGAUGUAACCCAAAGAAAGACACAGAUUAUUUGUACAAUUGGUCCAAGUUGUAAUAGUGUGGAGGCACUUAUUGGCUUAAUUGACAAAGGAAUGAGUGUUGCGAGACUUAACUUUUCUCAUGGUGACCAUGAAAGCCACUUAAAGACAUUACAGAAUAUCAGAGAAGCAGCUAGAGCGAGGCCUCAUUCUACAGUCGGGAUAAUGCUUGAUACUAAGGGCCCAGAGAUUAGAACCGGAAUGCUGGAAGGUGGAAAACCUAUUGAGCUGAAGGCAGGACAAACUUUGAAAAUAACAACAGAUUAUUCUGUGUUAGGUAACUCUGAUUGUAUCUCAUGUAGUUAUUCUCUUUUGCCUAAAAGCGUACAAAUUGGAAGUACUGUGUUAAUUGCCGAUGGUUCAUUAUCAAUGCAAGUGCUUGAAAUUGGUGAUGAUUUUAUUAACUGCAAAGUAUUGAACAACGUGACCAUCGGCGAAAGAAAGAAUAUGAAUCUUCCAGGUUGUAAAGUCCACUUGCCAAUAAUUGGCGAUAAGGACAAGCAUGACAUUGUGGAAUUCGCCCUUAAACACAAUUUAGAUUUUAUUGCCCUUUCUUUCGUACAGAAUGGAGCAGAUGUACAAUUAUGUAGACAAAUUAUUUCUGAAAAUACGCAUUACUCUGAUGGAAUUCCAAGUUCAAUUAAAAUCAUUUCCAAAAUUGAGAACCUGGAAGGUGUGAUUAAUUUUGAUAGUAUUUGCAGCGAGUCUGACGGUAUCAUGGUUGCAAGGGGAGACUUGGGUAUGGAAAUACCUCCAGAGAAAAUAUUUGUUGCUCAGAAAUGUAUGAUUUCGAAAUGUAAUGUUGCAGGCAAGCCAGUAGUUACUGCAACUCAAAUGCUUGAAAGUAUGAUCAAGAGUAAUCGGCCGACAAGGGCGGAAAUGACUGAUGUAGCAAACGCUGUUUUAGAUGGCUCAGAUUGUGUAAUGUUAUCUGGGGAAACUGCCAAUGGAGCAUUCCCAUUUGAUGCAGUGAAUGUUAUGUCUAGAGUUUGUGCUCAAGCUGAGACUUGUAUUGAUUAUCCUGUGCUAUAUCACGCAAUACAUUCCUCCGUUCCUAAACCUGUCGCUGUUCCCGAAGCAAUUGCUUGUUCUGCUGUAGAAUCAGCACAUGAUGUAAAUGCGAAAUUAAUUAUUACGAUUACGGAAACCGGGAAUACCGCAAGAUUGAUUUCAAAAUACAGGCCAAGCCAAACUAUCAUUGCUUGCACGGCAAAACCGGAAGUAGCUAGAGGAUUGAAAAUUGCAAGGGGUGUCAAGACUUAUGUCUUAAACUCAAUCCAUCAUAGUGAAGCAGUGAUAUCUAAUGCUCUAGCACUUGCGAAAGAAGAAAACCUCAUUGAAAGUGGGGAUUUUGCGAUUGCUGUGCAUGGUGUUAAAGAGUCUUGUCCAGGGUCGUGUAAUCUUAUGAAAAUAGUUAGAUGCCCUUGA